AUGGAGAACAAGAGAACUAAGAUCUCUCUGGAUAGACAGAUAGACAGAUGGGUAGUAGCCAACCAACCAGCCAUCGUGGUAGCAGACAAGGAGCAGAAGGCAGUGAUGGUGAUAGACACAGUGGUGACAAGGGACAGCAAUGUCAGGAAUGAGUAUGAGAAGCUGGAGAAGGACCAGGAGUUGAAGGAGGAACUAGGGAGAAUGUGGAAAGUCAAGACCAGUGUGUCUGUGGAGGUUCUCAGAAAGCUAAUGGCGUCCUUUGUGCCAGGAUUCCCAAGAAAAAGUUUUGACAAAGAUAAAUAUAAAAAUGAAGUGGCGAAAAGAGAGUGUUCUUUUGAGAUAAAGACUGCAAAUAUUGUUGGUGACACUGUAUGCAAAAUGUUCAGUACUGAUUUUGUGAUUCCUCUGGAGUCAAUGUUCUUGAUAACUAUCCUGGUGGUGGAAGGCAUCGCGGUGGCUCAAAAGACACAAGUUGGCCAAGAUCUUGGAAGUAACCGCAUGGCAUCUACUCAGUGUAGUGACUGGGUUCGAACAAGCAACGGAGGUCACUUUGCUUCAUCCAACUUUCCUAACUUCUACCCACCCAACCAGGAAUGUGUCUAUAUUUUAGAAGCUGCCCCGCGGCAAAGAAUAGAGUUGACAUUUGACGAACCGUUUUUCGUUGAGCCUUCCUUCGAAUGUCGAUUCGAUCAUCUGGAGGUUCGGGACGGACCUUUUGGGUUCUCCCCGGUCAUCGAUCGUUAUUGCGGUCUAAAAAGUCCAAGCCCGAUCAGAUCAACGGGAAGAUUUAUGUGGAUCAAGUUUACCUCAGAUGAAGAAUUGGAAGGACGAGGAUUUAAAGCCAAGUAUUCAUUUAUACCAGAUCCUGAUUUCACACACCGAGAAGGUAUUUUAAAGCCCAUCCCAGAUUGCCAAUUUGAGCUCUCCGGAGCGGAUGGCAUCGUCCGCUCCAGCCAGGUAGACCAUGGAGAAAAAGUAAAGCCGGGCGAAGCCGUUGACUGCAUCUGGACAAUUAAGGCGACUCCAAAUUCCAAGAUCUAUUUGAGAUUUCUGGACUAUCAAAUGGAACACUCCAACGAAUGCAAAAGGAACUUUGUGGCUGUCUAUGAUGGAAGCAGCUCCAUUGAAAACCUGAAAGCCAAGUUUUGCAGCACUGUGGCUAAUGAUGUGACGCUUCAAACAGGAACCGGGGUGAUACGCAUGUGGGCGGAUGAAGGGAGUCGAUUAAGCCGGUUUCGGAUGCUCUUCACCUCAUUUAUGGACCCUCCAUGUUUAGGUGGUGCUUAUUUCUGCCAUAGCAACAUGUGCAUCAAUAAUUCCUUAGUUUGCAAUGGCAUUCAAAACUGUGCCUAUCCAUGGGAUGAAAAUCAUUGCAAAGAAAAGAAGAAAACGGGAUUGUUCGAACAAAUCACCAAAACUCACGGGACCGUCAUUGGGAUUACUUCCGGGAUCGUCUUGGUUCUUCUCAUCAUCUCCAUCCUGGUGCAGAUCAAGCAGCCGCGGAAGAAAGUGAUUUCUUGUAAAACCACCUUCAACAAAACUGGCUUCCAGGAGGUUUUCGACCCUCCCCAUUACGAACUCUUCUCCCUGAGGGACAAAGAGAUUUCGGCCGACUUGGCUGACUUCUCCGAGGAACUCGAAAACUACGAGAAAAUGAGGCGCUCCUCGACCGCUUCGCGGUGCAUUCACGACCAUCACUGCGGCUCGCAAGCCGCGACGGUCAAGCAAAGCAGGACCAACCUUAGUUCCAUGGAACUUCCUUUCCACAACGAUUUCGCCCCUCCGCAGCCAAUGAAGACCUUCAACAGCACUUUCAAGAAGAGUAGCUACACUUUCAAGCAGGCUCACGAAUGUCCCGAGCAGGUGAUUGAAGACCGGGUGAUGGAGGAGAUCCCUUGUGAAAUCUACGUCAGGGGUCGCGAAGAUGCUGCUCAGGGCUCCUUAUCCAUGGAUUUUUAA